UUACGAAGCACCGCCUCUGCCUGUAACAGAGUAAAGGCAUUGGGGAAAAUGCAUGAACCUCCCCCUGCAUGGAGUCCUGCAGAGAAACGAGUGAGUCACAGCCCUCUGGAAACGAUUUCCUAAAUUCAGUGUAAAUCUCCAGCGGAGAGGAGUCGUAUCCGUGCAGCCUGCAGCACAGAGAAACUCCAGACUCGACAAAACGACAAGUUUCAUUUUACGCGCUCCAGUCCAGGCAUUGUCCGUUGUGUGAACCUUAUACCAAAGCAGGCGGCAGCUGAUAUCUGAGCUCCAGGAGAAAAAAGCAAGAAAAGAGGGAAAGUAGAGAUUUCAGCUGGUUUUUGGAAGAAACAACAUGGCUAAACCUGAUUACACCGGCACGUUUCAUAUGGUGGAGCAGGAGAAUAUGGACAACUACCUCGCAGCUUUAGAUAUAAAUUUUGCUCUGAGAAAGAUUGUGUGUCUGCUGAAGCCCACCAAAGACAUCACUCAUGAUAUCGCCACUGGAGCCAUGAAGAUCCGCACCGUCACCACCUUUAAGAACUUCAACAUGGAUUUUAAUAUUGGAAAAGAAUUUACUGAAGACCUGCAAGCGGUUGAUGGUCGUACCUGUCAGACUACAGUGGACUGGGAUGGAGACAAGCUGGUUUGUGUACAGCGAGGCGAGAAACAAGGACGAGGCUGGACCCACUGGCUGGAGGGGAACUUGCUGCAUUUGGAGUUGAGAGCUGAAGGAGUGGUUGCUAAGCAAGUCUUCAAGAAGGCUGAUUAAAGCAACUGAAAAUGUGUUUUCAAGAAUAACCUCAAUUUAUUCUUAAUAGAAUAUAGUUAAUUUGAUUUAAACAAUGUUUAUAGCUUUUUUUUUUAUAUAAUCAAAACAAUGAGACAGAAUAUCUGUGAAAGCACUGAUAUGUACAUGUCCUUUACUGUUUCUGUUUGAUGGUAUUAAGUGAGAAGAGAGCAGUGGGACUACAUUUGUAAACAUUCCCAAUGUGCUUCCUUGUAUCUAUCACAAUGUUAUAAACAAAUCAUAAAUCAUCUGUCAGGGUUCACUGCUGCAUCUUUUAAUACAUCGUUCUCCAAGUUUGAAACGUCAAUAUGUGUGGUAUCGCUGGUUUUAUAUACAAUAGUUUUAUAAAUACUGAAAUUCAAGUCUACGUCACUUUAAAAGAAGAGUUUUCAUGUAUAACGACUGGAACACUAUAAAUUAAAUUAGAUAUCCUUUAAAAUAUAAUUACAAACACACAGUUUACAUUAAAGGAUAAAUAUUUUUCUUAUUAUAAACAGAUUUCAUUAAAAGACCAAUAAUGGCUAGGUCCAUCUCUCAAAGUCUGACUGUGACCCAUUUGUUCUUAUUAAGCUCUAUAGGCAGGACAGAAAUCUUUAGUUUCUUAAAGAAUUACAUGGGAACUAUUUUCUGCUGUGGAUUAAUACAUUUUUACAACAGCAGGGUGCCCAUGUUCAUGGUAAUAUAGGAACAUAUGUGGCUCAUUGAUGUGUUUUGGACAAUAGAGAGGAAUAAGCUAUACUUCAUUUUACGGUUUAUUGUUGGUUUUGGUCUGUUCAGGAGAUUUGUCUAAAAUAAGAAAAAUCCAGAAUAGGAACAGACUUAUUCUUAAAUAGAGACACCGCAGACAGCGCUGCCUUCACUUGUGAAGCUCCUAUUAACACUAAUUCACAUCAGAGAGCAGCCUCUAAAUG